AUGGGACUUUUUAUGGGGCAGAGAACCUUAAAUGAGCGCAUUUUGACGCUGCCGUGUAACGGCUGUCGCCUAGAAAUCUCAACCCUCAACUCUUCUCUUGACUCCUACCAGUCUUCUGUUAUGGCAGACAACAAGCCUAAGUCCACACCUGAGGGAUUCUGGAUACUUGAUGACAAUGGCAAAGACCUCAAGUUCAUCUCAGAAAAAGAGCUCGAUCGAAAUGCGACCGAAAUGACCGAUACCGAUUGCACGAUGCCUACCAAGCCACUUGCAAAGGAUAUCAACGAAUACCUUUCCACCUUGACUUCUCUCCAGGAAGGGAUGCGAGACAAACUCCGCGACCUAGGCUGGAAUGACAGUGCUAUCCACAAUAUUCUGACCAACCUCGAACAUAUACAGCGAUUCAACUGCGCGAAACUUCGCCAGAAGGGAUACACUGAAGCUGAGAUCCAAAGGCUUGAUACGCUUGGGAACGAAAACAUGACGGAUUUUUCCCACCUCAGACGUGGAGUUGGGACCGCAGCUGAUGAGGAUUAUCAAGUGCAGCUGUAUUUGCUGGAGGAGGUGAAACGAAGACGUCUGGUCAUGUUAGGAGACGAGGAAUAG